GUGAUAAGGGGUGCUUUUUUUUUCCAAACAGGAGGUGGUUGUACGUCAGAUCCGGUGACCUGCCAAUACUGCUGCAGCUGAAGUAUAACUUUUACACAUGACUUACUCUGCUGAGCUGAGGAGAUUGUGAGUACCAUCGGGAUGGCAAACCACCUCAAAUUUGUUGCUCGCACAGUUAUGGUGCAGAAUGGAAAUCUGGAUGCAGCUUAUAGGACGCUAAAUAGAAUUCUUACUGUGGAUGGGAUAAUUGAUGAAGCCAGGCGUAGACGUUACUAUGAGAAACCAUGCAAUAAGAGGAGGAGAGAAAACUAUGAAAAUUGCAAACGGAUAUAUAACUCAGAGAUGGCUCGUAAAGUCUCCUUUCUUAUGCGAACAAAUCGUGAAGACCCUUGGCCUGGUUGCUAGAGAGAGAUGAAUGCCAGUACUAAAUUUUGUAUUAAUUUUUAGAAGGACAUUGCUCAAAAAUAGACCCUGAUGUGAUAGCUUUUAAAUCUUUGAUUUUUGAACAUUGUGUGUGUUUCUACCCUAAGGACCUGAAUUGAGAAACUGGAACAGGUUAGAUUUUACAUAUUUGAGUUCAAGAGAGGUAAGGGUAAUAAAUAAAUCAUAGUAUAACCUAAGCAGGGAAUAUUUAAAAGGACAUUAAACUCAAUGUUAUUUUCCAUAAAAUGUUGAAUUAUACAUAAUUAAAAAAUCCAAAACCUUUGCAAUA